CGAAACACCCGGCACUGGAUCUCGAUAACAUAAGCACAAAGCGGCUUAACACGAAACUGAACAGGGACUCGACACACUUGUUGCGUGUGCAAAUAACACUUUAGAUUAGGAUAGGUUAGACUGUUUUUAUUGUUUUAACAGUGUUGGUGCUUUGUCAAACAAGCACUGGUCUGUCGUACAGGAAAAUCCAGGCCGGGAUUUUGAAUACCUGAACACAAGCCAUUCUGGGCUCUGAAAAGGGACAUUUUCAAGUUACAGCCGGUCAGAGCAAGCCUUGUGGAAAGGGGGUGUGUUGAAAUUUGGCAAAGCUUCCUGUUCAUCCUUUGAAUAGUGCUGCUGAAUCUCCAUCAGAAGUUCUUCAAAGCAGUAGAGAACAUACAAGGUGCUAGUAACAGAAAAUGGUAUCAAAGACCAGACUUGGGAAGCGGUCCCCAUUGGGCACCCUAGUGUGUGGUUCCUCAGUGGAGGGCCUGACAGAAAUGGGAUCCCAUGGAUCCCAGGACUGUGGGCUUCACAGAACCAAGCUUUACCCAGGACAGAAGGUGUAUGUGCACUGUGGAGGCCAGGAAUGCAGAGGUGUGGUGGAACAACAUAACCACGUGGACAAUGAGGUGUCCAUCUUUCUGCCCCAACUCAACCAACAUGUUCACCGCAAGCUGGAAGACGUAUGGACAAGCCCCACCUCCAGUUCUACCUCUUCAGUCUCCUUAUCCAUUGAUGUGCCAAAAAGGAGUCCAGAGUCAGUGGACAUGGAUGAGAUGAUGGCUGCAAUGGUGCUUACCAGUUUGUCCUGCAGUCCAGUGAUCCAAAACUCUGCUCAGUGGAGUGUGGCAACAGCUUUGUGUGGAAUGGAGAAUGGUGGUGGUGAACAGUCCGAUGCAGGAUACUGGAGUUGUGACCAUGGAAACGGAAGUCCUGCCCCAUCCCCACCCAUCGCAGAGGUGGACAAGAGCGCCCCUCUCGCUGACGAAGGCCUGGACAUGGAGCUGGACCAAAUGUUGUUUAAUGAGCCAAUGCCAAGUAAACGCAAGAACUCCUUAAAAGUAGCAUAUCGGUGCUUGUGGCCAAACUGUGGGAAAAUACUGACAACAAUAGUGGGCAUCAAACGUCACAUCCGAAAUUCUCACCUUGGACAAAGUGAUGAGCAUUCCCAAAGGGAAGAAGACUUUUAUUACACAGAAGUCUAUCAGGACAUGGAGCAGACAGCUCCCUCUGGUGGCCACCGGCCCUCCUGUGCCUCUCCAUCCAGUCCCAGCCGGCACAUGCCCCCUUCUCCCUCCACCCUGGAGAUGCUCCAGCUCAGCCAGUCUGCCCCAAGUAUUUUUUGGCAGGUCCACUCCGAGCACUCUUACCAGGCCACUCCACCAGUUCAGGUGGUGACUCAGUGUAAACCAGUGACCGUUCCUGUCUCCUGUCAUUGGACUCCAUCUCUCACGGUUCACCAAAACAAACAAGGCUCACCAUUCCGCCGUCGUUCGGUUAGUGUAGGAGAACAAUGGCUCCAGAAUAACAGCACCACCUUCAGGCCACAUCCUGCCAGUGUUUCGCCUCCAAGAAACCACUGCACUUCCAGGAGGAUUCGUGGCGAGGCCAAAAAAUGCAGGAAGGUGUACGGCAUUGAACACAGAGACCAGUGGUGCACUGCCUGCCGCUGGAAAAAGGCCUGCCAGAGAUUCCUUGACUGAAUCCUUCUUGAGAAAAUAACAAACAGAACACUAAACUUACAACGACCUUCAAGAGGGGAUUUUACCUGGAACUAUGGUUGAAAGAAAACAAAAGAGCGCCUUUGUGACUUAAAUACAAAUGUUUUUCUACCUUUAUAUAGCGAUACAUGUUUUGUGUUUUACAAAAUGUGCUAAGGAACCUUGUUGGUGCUGGAAGAAUAAUAAAGCAAAAAGGACCGCCUCUGCCACACAACUCUGCAGUCUUUCGGUUUCUUACACCAUACCGUGAACUAAUGAAGUGUGACCUUCCUUUUACAAGCAUUGAGCAGCCGUAUACAGCAGCAGCCAUAUAUUUCUUGUUUAAUCUAUUAUAAACCACCAUCCCCAAAAGACUGGACUACAACCUCCUCAUGCUGGUCAUCAGACAUGGAUGGAUAGUUUGCUUAUCAUUCCAUUAAACCUACAAUUGCUGAGAUGAGUCUGAAGGGAGGUGUUUUUUUUACUGCAGUCCAAUGAGUUCAGGAGCAAAAAUGGCAGCAAAAUAAAUCGUUCAAUAGCUUAUAACUUUUUAUGUUUGUUUAUGCCAUGCUUACCUGCUGUUAAGCAUUUUUGUCCUUCUAUUUCCAUAGCAAAGUUUUGUCAAAUAAACUUUUGGAAAAGGAAGAAAAAGGAUGUAUUUCGUAUGUCACAGGUUAUACUUCUGUGGAAUAAGAUGAUUAGCUAUUUUCUGUUAUGUCAAUAUUAUCAUGGAAGUACCUGUAUUUAAAUGCAUGAUCUGAUACAAUUUAUCUGUUUCUUUUGUGCUUCUCACCCCAUUCAGCCCACUUGCUGUUCGUCUAUUUGGUUUGUAUUAUUGCCAAAGAAAAUCUCAGCAAGAUGAAGUCAUAAUUCUCUGCAAAAUAAUGUGAAAGCAUACAUAAAACUAUUGACCAUUGAUAAGAAAAUUGUAAUCAACUAUUGGUUUGUACUCUUAAUUCUGGGUCCAAAUAUGUUGUUUUCUUAUUUUGUAUAAAACUUCUAUUGUGCCAGCUUUUUGUUAUGUGUAGCUCACCAGCUCUAUAAUCUUAUACAAAGCUUUUUGCUUUGACAUCAUUAAACAGAAUGUACCUUUUUUCAUUUCUGACAGUCAGUAUAAUAGCUCGACAUAAUACAAAUGAAAGGACUUUCUAAUUAGUCUGUAAAGACUGCAAGACAUUCAGUGUAGCUCAACGAGAUGUACUUUUUUGUAAAUUUUUGUAAAGUAUUUCCUUUUUUGAAAAGUCCUGUUCAAGAUUGAGAAAAAUAAAAAUUUUGUGUAACUUAACUUGUCAUAUGCCUUUUUUAAAUAAACGUUUUGUC